AUGAUACCAUCUCAUCUUCCUCCACCCGAAUCGAGUGCUCGUCAGCCAACGCCUGCACAGAGGCGAGUGCCUGUUCCGGCGCGAUUACAGCAAAACCUCUAUUCCUAUCUUUCGUUCGAUGGAGGCCCACAGUAUAUUGAAGAGUCGGCGAACCCAUAUUACUCUGAUUCUGAUAGAGUUCCACUCACUGCUGGAGUUCAGCCGAUAUCCGGCUCUCAUCCUGGAGAUGACCACGGACUCCAUGCACGAGACAGCUUCCAGACUGUUCGUGAUCUUGACAGUACACCAAUACGAGACCACGAAGGAAAGAACCUUGGGCACGGUUCCAAUUCGGACUAUUUGCCCAGUGGCCACCAGAGUUAUGGGAUGACGCUAGAUCCCGGAGAUUAUCGCCUACCGCGAUCGCCUUCUACGUCUGGAGCAUUUCAUCGUGCUGGUUCAAUUGUGAGGGCUAUGUCCCAGAGAGUUGUGAACCUCAGCGGAGAGUCAGACGUCGCGGACCAGAGGUCCUCACGCUAUCGCUCCCGAUCUCGCGACUCAGCAGAUGAAAGAUCAGCCAACCCGAUAGCCUCGACGUAUGGCAAUGAGCCGUACUACUCCCAAACAGCCUCGUCUCGUGAGGAGAAGGCAGCUCAGAAUGUCUUCCUGACCGCCGAAGUUCCGACUCGAACAUCACCCUCCAUUCGCUCAAAGCCGCCCAACCCCCUCAAAGGGAAGACGCUGGGUAUAUUCUCUCCAGAAAGCCGAUUCAGGCUAUGGAUGUGUGACGUCCUGGUGAAUCCAUAUACCGAGCCAUUCAUUUUGCUCCUGAUCAUCUCUCAAACUAUUCUACUUGCUGUAGAAUCCUGGCCAGACGUCUUCAGUCCUGGCAAUGAGCGCCCGCAGCGAUGGGGUAAGAAGGCGAUAGAUUGGACCAUGCUCGGGCUCUUCAUUGUAUUUACCUUAGAGAUUUUUGCCAGGAUCGUGGUGUCUGGCUUCAUAUUGAAUGCAGAGGAGUAUAGUACUAUUGAUCGCAAAAGGGGCAUCAGGGCAGCAAUUGCAGAUCGAUACAAGACAAUAUUUCAGCCUCAACGACAGAGAUCCGUGAAGAGAGUUCGUUCUACUCAGCCACAGGCCCCUGCCUUUGCCCGAUCUUUCACAACCUUGAUGAUGCAGGGGCAGCACACUGGCCCAAAGACGGUUGAAGAGCAGCAGCGCUUGCAGUUGGCUCGACGAGCCUUUCUGCGCCAUUCAUUUAACCGCAUGGACUUUGUCGCCGUCUUCUCUUUCUGGAUCACCUUCAUACUGGGUAUCACUGGUUCCGAAACCCGACAUCAUUUCUAUCUCUUCAAAAUGCUCAGCUGUCUCCGCAUCCUGAGAUUGUUAGCCCUUACUCACGGCACUGCUAUUAUUCUGAGGAGUUUAAAAAAGGCAGCGCCUCUCCUUGUCCGUGUAGCGUUUCUCAUUGGCUUCUUCUGGCUCCUUUUUGCAAUCAUUGGCAUGCAGAGCUUCAAAUCGAGCUUCAGCCGACAGUGCGUAUGGUUGGAUCCUCUGGAUCCCAACAAUCUUACAGCCUCGUUCACCAACGAUAUGCAGUUCUGCGGCGGCUACUUGGAUAAUUCAACUGGUGCUACGCUACCUUGGGUUAAACUCGGUGCCUCUGGAUCACUCGAGGACCUUGUCAAAGGAACUUCCGAAGGCAAGGGAUACCUAUGCCCCAGGGGAUCGAUAUGUCUCCAGCAAGACAACCCGUACAAUGGGACAGUCAACUUCGACAACAUUCUGCAUUCCCUCGAACUGGUCUUCGUAAUCAUGAGUGCCAACACAUUCUCCGACCUCAUGUACUACACUAUGGCCUCUGACUACCCCCAAGCGGCUCUCUUUUUCGGUGCUGCAAUCAUGAUUAUGAUGUUGUGGUUGACCAACCUUCUGAUCGCCGUCAUUACUUCAUCAUUCCAGGUCAUCCGUGAAGAGAGCAAAUCGAGUGCUUUCACGGUUGAGCCCGAGCCUUCCACACAGCCGCACACCGACACGCUGAAACGGAAAGCUUCAACAACACAAAACCUUUAUAGGAAGACUUCAUUGUUUUGGUUGCUCGUGGUUGCCUUUGCUUUGCUCAGUGAGGCUUGUCGGAGCGCAACCAUGUCUUAUUCUCGUGAAGAGUUCAUCAACGCCGCCGAGAUUGCUGCCACCAUACUUUUGGAUGUUGAAAUCAUCAUUCGAAUCGUAGCCUACUGGCAUCGGUUUCAUCGAAGCUGGCGGAACAUCUUUGACUUGGCCCUGGCUAUCAUUACCUCUGCAAUCUUAAUACCGCCGAUUCGCAAUUCUCGAGUUUAUGCGUGGCUCACAGUCUUUCAAGUCCUUCGGGCAUACCGGGUUGUUUUGGCAAUACCCGUGACGAGGAAGCUCAUCCUUCUAGUGCUGGGAAGCGCGGCAGGUAUCGGGAACCUCAUGUUGUUCGUGUUUCUGAUGACUUUCCUGGUAGCAAUCCUAGCUGCCCAGCUCUUCAGGGGGCAGAUACCUGUUUACGACGAUGGCGAGCUCAAUCGCAUCUCAUUCAAUACAGUGUUCAACUCGUUCCUCGGCAUGUAUCAGAUACUCUCCAGCGAGAACUGGACGAACAUUCUGUACUCGGUCACAUCGUACACUACGGCGAUGAAGACGGCCUGGAUUGGUGCCGUGUUUCUCAUAGGAUGGUUCAUUUUGUCCUUUUUUAUCCUGAUCAACAUGUUCAUUGCCGUCAUUCAGGAGAACUUCGACGUAUCGGAGGAUGAGAAACGUCUAGAGCAAGUCAAGGCCUUUCUCCAGCGAAAGGAACUUGGGCGUACUGCCAAUAAUCUUACGUUGUCGACCAUCUUCAGCUUUGGGAAAUCUCGCCGCCGUAAAGAUCCACUGGACUAUGGCCCAGGCAUGAUGGAAAUGCUUCUCAAAGACACUGUGGUGCAGGAGUUCUUGGAUGAUGAAGUGGCCGACCCUCUCCGUCUUCAUCCGGACCACAGAAGUCCACCUCACCGGAGUACGACAAACUUGAUGGGCGACGGCAAGCCAGGAUUCAUAAAGAAAAUUUGGGCACGGGUGAAUAAGAGUGAACCGAACCCAUUCUACUCGAAUCUUCGCUUCGACGGUCCCAAUGGCACGUUGGACCCUCGGCAGAUGGCUCGGCAGGCAGUAUCAGCAACGUCGGCCCGCCGCAAAGCUCAAAGAGAUUACCUCGCCCGGCAUCCUCGAUACAACACCUCCUUGUAUAUAUUCCCUCCCAGCAGUCGCAUUCGGCGCUUUUGCCAAAGGCUUGUGGGCCCAGCCAGAGGCCUCGAGCGCUUCGACGGCGUCGAGCCCAAUAAGAUAGCCUGGUACUCGAUAUCAACCUUCAUCUACGCAUCGGUCUUCGCAAUGGUUGUCAUCGCCUGCGUCACGACGCCGCUCUACCAGAAAGAAUAUCGCGACCAGCAUCCCUCCACGGUAACGCAAUGGUACAUUUGGACAGACAUGGCCUUUGCCAUAAUCUUCACAGUUGAAGCAAUAAUCAAGAUCAUUGCCGAUGGUCUCCUGUGGACGCCCAACGCAUUUCUACGGAGCUCGUGGGGUAUCAUUGAUGCUGUCGUGCUGAUUACCCUGUGGAUCAAUGUUGUGACACUGCUCAUUGAUGACGGUGCCAUCUCAAGAGCACUGGGUGCGUUCAAGGCGCUCAGGGCCCUUCGGCUACUGAACGUGAGCGACAGCGCGCGGGACACGUUUCACUCACUGAUCAUAGUUGGAUGGUGGAAACUUCUAGGAGCGGCGUUCGUAUCCAUAUCCCUCCUCAUCCCGUUCGCUAUAUACGGGCUUAAUCUCUUCAAUGGGCUGCUGGUGUCUUGCAACGACUCUGGCGACAUUACUCUCCUAUCCCAAUGCUUCGGCGAAUUCAACAGCACACCUUACUCUAGCGACUGGCCAAUGUUGGCGCCGCGGGUGGCAUCAAACCCAUAUUUCGGCUUUGAUGAUUUCGGCGCGUCGCUCUUCACCUUGUUCCAGAUUGUCAGCCAAGAAGGAUGGGUGGAUGUUUCUUUCGCUGCUCAAGCAAUUACUGGUCGCGGCAUGCAGCCGCAGGAUCUGGCAAACCAGGGGAACGCCAUGUUUUUCGUUGUUUUCAACCUCUUGGCAACGGUCUUCAUCCUUACGCUCUUUAUCUCCGUCUUUAUGAGAAAUUACACAGAGCAAACCGGAGUUGCCUAUCUUACAGCAGAGCAACGGUCAUGGCUCGAGUUGCGAAAGCUCCUGCGCCAUAUCUCGCCGUCGAAAAGCUCGUAUGAUGAUUCGGAAAACAAGUGGAAGAAGUGGUGCCAUAAACGGGCCAUUGAAAAAAGGGGCAAAUGGUACCAAGCGGUCACUGUUGUGCUGGUCCUGCAUCUUGUAUUGCUGGUUGCUGAAUUUAGCGAUGAGCCGGACUGGUGGACAACGACUCGCGAAUACAUUUUCCUGCUCUUCACUCUGAUAUACAUCAGCAACAUCACGAUUCGGAUCAUAGGCCUGGGCUGGACGCGUUUCCGACGAAGCUCUUGGGAUCUGUACUCUCUGGUGGCUGUGUCAGGCGCCUUUACUGCGACCCUGGCGCUGCUCAUCGCCGACACGAGAGCGGAUACAUAUGUGCAGCUGCACAAGAUAUUCCUGGUUUCCAUUGUCCUCUUGGUGAUCCCGCGGAACGAUGCGCUGGAUCAGCUGUUCAAGACGGCCGCGGCCAGUCUGCCAGUGAUCGGCAACCUCCUGGCCACCUGGUUUGUGUUUUUCCUCGUCUUUGCCAUUGCAAUGACGCAGACCUUCAGCCUGACCCGCUUUGGAGACAACGAGGGGAGCGACAUCAACUUUCGAACAGUCCCCAUGGCUCUGAUCUUCUUGUUCAGGAUGAGCCUGGGAGAAGGCUGGAACCAGAUCAUGGAAGACUACGCCGGCAUCGAACCGCCCCUGUGCGUCGAAGCGGACAGUUUCUUUGACAGCGACUGCGGCAGCAAGCCAUGGGCUAGAUUCUUAUUCAUAGCGUGGAACAUCGUCAGCAUGUACAUCUUUGUAAAUCUGUUUGUUUCGUUGAUCUACGAAAGCUUCAGCUACGUUUACCAACGCUCGUCCGGCAUGGCGGUCGUUGACCGGGACGAGAUUCGGAGAUUCAAAGAGGCCUGGCGCAGCGUGGAUCCGGCCGGCACUGGCUACAUCAGCAAGGAAGCCUUCCCGCGCCUGCUUGGCGAGCUAUCUGGCGUGUUCCAGAUGCGGAUCUACGAACCGGAGGAUUCUGUACGGCAAAUCCUGGAGGAUGUGCGUGAGGACAUCAGGGCUUCUCGCCAUACCUCGAUCGUCUCGACGGCUGCGCUCAACGAUAUUGACAUCAACCGGUUGAACGAGAGGCUGAGCCACCUGGACAUCAAAAAGAUUCGCAAACGCCGUCAGCGAUUCAACAUCUUUUACGAGGAGGUUCUUGUAAGCGCCGAUCCGGACAAGGGAAUAGCUUUCACCGAUGUUUUGAUGAUUCUGGCUCAUUACAACAUCAUCAACGAUAGCAAGAGCCUAAGACUGGAAGAAUUCUUGCGGCGGCGAGCACGGCUACAACGGGUCGAUGAAGGCAUACGACGACGAAUUGUGCAGGGUUUCUUCGACACACUCUACUGGUCACGCAAGUUCAAAGCACACAUGGAGAGAAAGCGAGCUUCUCGCAUGAUUACAAUCCCACAGCUCAGGAUCCCAGACAUACUGGUCGAGGAUGACGAUGACGCUCUGUCCGCGCACGGUGAAGCAAAGACGUCUCCCCUCAGCACGGGUGCUGGCGUGGAUGAACACAGAAAGUCAGCGUGGCCGCCAGAGACGAUGGCUGAUGGCAUGGCGCAAAGCCACCCCCUGGGCUUCCCUCGGUCAUCUCUCACAGCACAAGAAGAGAGCAGGGGAACCUCAACAUUCAGCUUUGAACUCGAGACGCCAGAUCUUCGGGAAACUAUGGCUGCAGAGCUAGAGCGCCCCACGGACAACAGCAAUCUAGACUCGGUUCAGGACAUGCUGGACGGCUCAGUGUGGAUAGACAGCAUCCGCCGGAGCGCGACCUUGCGGGCUACGGAUCGAAGCUCAUAUCGAUAUGACGACUUGCCCUAG